GGUACAUGACCACACAGACCUCGCUGCCACAGGAAGGCUCAUCCACAUACCAGUUCCUGUAGGAAAGGGAUCAACAACAGAGAGAAGCCCAUGAGAACCGUGGAGGAGUUUCUCCCAAACUUAUAUGACGAUGACAUCUGAUCAGCAUAAUGGGUAGAUAGCAACAGAUGUUACUUACUGACUUAGAUAUAACAGACUAUGAAUCAUGAGAGAUGAAAUUGCCACAGCAGUUUUCUUUGUCACAAGACUGGUGAAAAAACAUGAAAAAUUGAGUAAACAGCAAAUGGAGGUUUUUGCAGAGAAGCUGAUGACAGUGUUGUUUGAAAAAUACAGAGGCCACUGGUAUCCUGGAUGCCCUUCUAAAGGGCAAGCGUUCAGGUGUAUCAGGAUAAAUAAUCCAAAUAAAGAGCCCCUUUUAGAAAGAGCAUGUGCUGAGAGUAACGUGAGUUUUUCUCACCUGGGACUUCCUAAGGAGAUGACCAUAUGGGUGGAUCCCUUUGAAGUAUGCUGUAGGUAUGGUGAGAAAAACCAUCCCUUUACGAUUGCUUCUUUUAAAGGCAGAUGGGAGAAAUGGGAACUGUCUCAAAAAAUCAGUUAUGCUGUUAAUAGAGCCACAUUAGAUUACUCCUCUGGCACUUCCUCUGAUGAAGAAGGUUGUAGCAGGGAACCUCAGGCCAUUCCUAAAGUCAUCAACCCCAAGAGCAUCUAUCAGGUUGAAAUCUUCAAACAGCCCUUCCAACCUUCAUUCUUCAUCCCCUAUAGAAAGAGAAUGGUGGGUGGCAGUUUGGGCCUCAUAGCCAAUGCUUAUCAUGCUGCCCAUAGGAACCCUAAGGGUUAUAGGCCUGCUGCAAUGCACAGGGUAGACAGGUACCACUGGGUCAACAGAAAUGAUAAUAAUAAUGGUGUGGUGGGACAUGCAGUGGAGCAGGUUAGAGGAGAAGCUCUGUUUGCCCUAAAACAAAAAUAA